CUUUGCACCAUCGAUAUGUCUAUUACCAAGAUCCACGCCCGCCAGAUCUUCGACUCUCGCGGCAACCCGACUGUCGAGGUCGAUCUCUACACCGCCAAAGGCCGUUUCCGUGCUUCGGUACCCUCAGGUGCGUCCACUGGUGUGCACGAGGCUGUUGAGCUUCGCGACGGCGACAAGAACGCGUAUGUCGGCAAGGGUGUCACCAAGGCGGUUGCGAACGUCAACGACGUGAUCGCCCCCGAGCUCGACAAGUCCGGCCUCGAGGUCACGGCACAGAAGGAAAUCGAUGACUUCCUCAUCAAGCUCGACGGCACUCCCAACAAGGGCAAGCUCGGCGCGAACGCCAUCCUCGGUGUCUCGAUUGCUGUCGCAGAUGCUGGUGCUGCGGAGAAGGGUGUCCCCCUCUACCAGCACCUCGCCGACCUCGCCGGCGUCAAGCCUCCCUUCAUCCUCCCCACCCCUGCGUUCAACGUUAUCAACGGUGGCUCGCACGCGGGUAACAAGCUUGCGUUUCAGGAGUUCAUGCUCCUCCCCACCGGCGCUUCCACCUUCACGGAGGCGUUGAAGAUCGGUACGGAGACCUACCACACGUUGAAGAAGGUCAUCAGCGCAAAAUACGGCAUCGAUGCUGUCAACGUCGGUGACGAGGGUGGCUUUGCUCCUAACGUAUCUGGUGCCGAGGAGUCGCUGGAGUUGCUCACUGAGGCGAUCAAGAAGGCGGGCUACGAGGGCAAGAUCAAGAUCGCACUCGACGUUGCCUCGUCCGAGUUUUACAAGGACGGCAAGUAUGACCUCGACUUCAAGAACCCCAACUCGGACCCCACGAAGUGGAUCACUGGUACGGAGCUUGCGGACCUCUAUCUGAGCUACAUCAAGAAGUACCCCAUCGUGUCGAUCGAGGACCCCUUCGACCAGGACGACUGGGAGGCGUGGACGCACUUCACGAAGAACUCCAGCAUCCAGAUCGUCGGUGAUGACCUCACGGUUACCAACCCCCUCCGUAUCAAGACUGCGAUCGAGAAGAAGGCUUGCAACGGUCUCCUCCUCAAGGUUAACCAGAUCGGUACCAUCUCCGAAUCGAUUCAGGCUGCCCAGCUCGCGCAGUCCGAUGGGUGGGGCGUCAUGGUCUCGCACCGUUCUGGCGAGACCGAGAACACGGUCAUUGCGGACCUCGUCGUCGCCCUUGGAGUCGGCCAGAUCAAGACCGGUGCCCCGGCCCGUAGUGAGCGUGUUGCCAAGUACAAUGCUCUUCUGCGCAUCGAGGAGGAGAUCGGCAAUGGCGUCUACGCGGGCGAGAAGGGUCUGUCUGCGGGCCUCAACCCGCCUGCCCUGCUUAAGAAGUAAAAAGUCGUGGGCUUACGACGUAAGAAGAGGAGCGAGGACGUGUAGGUUUUGUCAGAAAUACGCAGUGCUAGCUAGAUUGUAUCACUUCAAAGUCGCUGUGCAAUAGCAAUAUUUGUAGCUUCUUCGUCUCGAACGUGUGCUGCC